AUGUCCAAAGAGACAAUCGUAGUGAUCGGUGCGGGCGUAAUUGGCCUUACUACCGCUCUUUGCAUCCAACAAAACCUCACUCCUGCGCAAUCCAUUCUUCUGGUAGCCCGCGAUUUCCCCUCGGAAACUUCCGUCAACUACGCCUCGCCAUGGGCAGGAGCCCAUUACCGCCCAGUCCCAGGUUCUUCGCCACAGGCCAUUAAGGAAGCGGACCAAGCACGGCGCACGUAUGACUUCCUGAAGCGCACUGCGGCCGCUGAGCCCGGUGCGGGAAUUCAGUUCGUGGAAGGUGUUGAGCACCUCGAGGCUCCACCGCCCGAGUAUCUGGAUCAGCAGAGUGUGCGCAAUGUCUAUUCGCAUCUGGAUGAAUUCCAGACUCUGGGGAAAGAGGAUGUUCCAGCUGGCGUGGUGUGGGGUGUGAAGUACGGGACGUAUGUGAUCAACUCGCCUGUGUACUGUGCGCAUUUACUGCGCAAUAUGGCGGGGAAUGUCAAGACUGUGGUGAACUGCUCGGGAAGUGGGUUUGAAGACCCGAAAUCGUUUAUCAUUAGAGGUCAAACCUGUCUCGUCCGUAACCCCGUCUCCAAGACCAUUACUCGACAGAAUACCGAUGGAUCGUGGUCCUUCUGUAUUCCCCGUCCUUUCGAAGGCGGGACCAUUAUCGGAGGCACGAAGGAGCCGAAUAACUGGGACCCCAACCCAUCGCUGGAAACCAGACAGCGGCUCCUUGCUAACGCAACCAAGUGGUUCCCUUUCACCCCCGAGAGCGGCGGCAAGUUCGAUGUGAUUCGCGAUAUCGUCGGUCGGCGACCGGCUCGAGAGGGCGGUUUGCGUAUCGAGGCGGAGAAGCUCGCUGAUGAACGGUAUAUCGUUCAUGGGUAUGGUGCUGGUGGUCGUGGGUUUGAACUGUCUCGGGGUGUUGCAGAAGACAUUGUCGCCGUGAUGCUCGAGAAGAGGUUGCUGCAGGCUAGAGCCUCGCUGUAA